UCCAGAUCUUUGAAGAAAAAAAUAUAUAUAUAUUUAAAAGAAAAGAAAAAAUGCCUUGUCCAGGAAUCGAAUCAGGGUCUUUACACUGAGAAAGCCACCACUCAACCACUACGCUAUUAUGCUGAACGGUUAAAAAUGACAGAAUUUGCCAUAAUGUCGAAAAGGAAGGUUGUCAUAGAUUGUGACCCCGGAAAUGAUGACGCAAUGGCUAUUUUCAUGGCGCUAAGUGACCCAGAAAUUGAUGUUAAAGCAAUCACGUGCGUUGAAGGAAACACUCGAGUACGUCAGACAGGAUUGAAUGCACUGCGUGCUCUAGAGGCUGCCAAUAGGCUAGAUAUUCCGGUAUAUACCGGUUGUGACGCACCAUUAUUAGGUGAGCUAAAAGGAAGAUCAGCGUAUCACGGUUCUGACGGGUUCGGUGAUGUCCCGGAUCCAAAUGCACCGGACGAAAGCAAGCUUCAAUCUGAACAUGGUGUUUUGGCUUUAAUCCGACUCUCAAAAGCUUAUAAAGGAGAUCUACACUUGGUUGCAAUCGGACCGCUUACAAAGGCAAUAAGAAUGGAUCCAGAGUUUGGUUCUAGUCUGAAAUCGUGUGACAUCAUGGGCGGAAAUUAUCUAGGAAAGGGUAACAUCAGCGUUGGAGCAGAGUUCAACUUUUACUUUGACCCGGAAGCUGCCUAUGUUGUUUUAAAUCAGUUAAAAUGUCCAAUUACGAUAAUGCCAUGGGAAACGUGUAUGCAACAUAUUAUAUCUUAUGAGACACACGAGCAUAUGAGAAGCUCUUCGUCAAAGAAAGCUGAACUAAUGAGGAAAGUUGACAAAAUAAGUGUCGAUUUCGAUAAAGCUCGAGCUACAGCGGGAUUUAUUCCUGCUGACGAAGCCUUAAUGGCUUGUGUGCUUCGAAAUGACGUCAUCAAAAAUAGUGUUCACGUAUACGCAACAGUAGAAACCAAAGGUCAAUACACGUAUGGUCAGAUGGUUGUAGACUGGAGAGGGAAACUACAGAAAGGUGCAAACGUUACCAUAGUAACAGAAUUAGACCAAUCGUUAUAUGAACAUUUAAUGGCUGCUGGGCUUGCUUAGUGUGUGUUUUUACAUAUGUAAAUGUUUGAUGUAAUAUUUGAUUUCAUGCACUGAAAUUAAAAGAACUAGAUCUACAUGUAUGUUAUCUGAAGGAUCUAUUAAACUUUAAAUGAACAUGUUUUAUAACAGUUCUGAUAUAUGAUCAAUGUUCUGGACUAACUUUAACAUUAUGUUGCUUGUUAAAAUAUCGAUUACUUAUGACGAGUAAUUUAUUACAAUAUACUACUACUGAUUAAAAGAUACAGUUUACACAGACAUUGUAUGAAAAAAAAUAAAAAUGAAAACGGAUGCUUUUACAAUAAACUAUUAC